AUGCCUACCGAUCCGUUUCUGCCAGAAGGUCGAAGGUUCCCGCGCGAGAGGUCUCCAGACGGUCAGAAUGGCAACGACCGAAAGCGACGCCGGAAAGUGCUGUCUUGCUACGACUGCCGACGACGAAAGCUUCAAUGCGACCGAGCUCUUCCUGCGUGCGGACGUUGUACUAAGGCUGGCCAAGCUGCAAAUUGCCUAUACCUCGAAGAUGCCGCUGAUGCCCCAAUACGAGAAGGCGAAGGCCUGCCAACGCCGGUCUCAACUGUCGGUAAACAGCCUCCAUUCUAUGGACACUCCAGUCGACCGAUAGGCAUGUCUACACCCGCCGGUCCCACUGGCGACCUUUUGUCUCGAAUCGAAUAUCAAGAUGGCAGAAUCAAACAGUUGGAGGCCCAAUUGACACAAGCAGGCCAGCCCGUCAAAGCCGGAAGAAUACCUCCAACACCCGAGUCAAUGGUUGGAGGUGAAGGUAUUGCGCCUGUCCAAGACCGCGAGACAACACUUUUGCGUGGCAAAUCCUUCAAGACUCAAUUCCAUGGACAGACACAUCCAGGCGCGCUGAUCGCUCGUAUCCCAGAACUGCAUGGCUUUACCCGCGAGACCUUCGAGCAAUUCCCUGCAUUGUCCAGGAUCAAGGAAGACAUGGGCGCGCUGGAGGGUCGAACGAACUAUGCCGGCUCGAAGCAUGGCCCGACGACAGACGCAGAUCUCAGGGCGUUACUGCCAACAAAAGCGGAGAUGGACGAGCUGGUGGAGAUAUAUCUGGAUAGCUACGGCACGCUGUACCAUGUCAUACACCUACCGACGUUCUGGGAAGCGUACAACAAGAUAUGGCAAGAUGUUGCUAAUGCCGACGUACGUCAGGUUGCGCUUGUGCUUGUAAUGGCAGCCGCUGCGCAGUGUUUGACCACCGCGCAACCAUGGCUAUACACCGCCAACAGCUCUACCGCGCGCGAGAAGGCGGUCGUCAACAUCCAGGCCGUGGAUGACUGGUUACUCACCCAGAGCCAGAAACAUGUGGUGGCCUUGGACUUCCAGAUCCGUGUUUUGCUACUCAUUGCCAAGCAAGUCGCCGCACGAAAGUCGAAGAGGACCUGGACAGACUCGGGCCACCUACUGAGAUUCUGCAUGGCAGCAGGUCUACAUCGGACGCCAGACCUUAUUCGAAAGCCUACAGCUCUGCUGGAUAAAGAGCUCCGCAAAAGAGUGUGGGCGGCAGUCACAGAACUCGAGCUACAAGCUGCAUUCGACCGUGGCAUGGUCUCAUCACCCUGGGCAUUACAAAGUGACUGCCCAUCACCAAACCACCUUCACGAUGACGAUAUCGACGAGACCACCCAACACCUCCCAGCUCUUCGCCGCCCCAACGACUUCAACAAUGUCUCCUACCUCUCCCUCGCCGGCGAAUCCAUGAUCCUCCGCCAAAACCUCAACAACUACCUCAACAACAUCCGCCAACCCGUGCACUUCGAAGAAUUCAAACGCUACACCGACGAAGUCGAAGCCCACCUCCAAUCGAUCCCCGAAUGGAUCGGCUCGAGCGCCCAAAUCCCCACCGUCAUGCUCUCCCUCAACCUCCGCCAAUACCUCCUCGUCCUCCACGACCGCCAACUCCGCGUCGCCGAAACCAAAGCCGAAAAGGACUUCUCCCGCAUGGUCCUCAUCGAACAAGCCACCAAAAUGCUCGAAGGCCACAAAUCUCUCACCUCGAAAGGGAUCUACGCCCUCGAACUCCUCUGCUGCGACCAGCUCCGCGCCGCCCUCUCCCUCUGCCACAUCGCAGCCAUGAACCCCCACGCCGACGACGCCCUCUCCCGCGCCAUCGACGAAACCGCCUCGCGCCUCAUCCCGGACGCCAUCGACAUGCUCACCGACAAAGUCAUCCGCUUCGGCCGCGAACAGCGCCAAUUAUGGAUCCUCCUCGCCGCCAACGGCUACGUCAAAUCGAAAAAGGACCCCUCCAAACGCAUCGUCUACAUGCAGGAAGCCGUCGAUAAAAUCACCCGUCCGUACUACAAAAUCAUGGCGUGUCAGGAAGAUAACCCUUCCUCGCAAAUCCCCACGACGAUGCCGCCUUCUCAACAACCCAAGCCGGGUGUGCAUCACGGCAUGUUGGAGUAUUAUCCCGAGGGGCCGGCGGCGACGGAGAUGGGACCUACGGAUCCGACGUUGUUGGAUUUGGAUGAGAUUGCGGCGUGGACGUUUGAGGAUUGGAAUCUGAAUCCGGGGGAUUUUGUCGGCGCGCAGGUGGGCGCGUUUGAGGACGAUGGAGGGGCGCAGUAUCCUGCGACUUAG